GCGACUGCGUGGAGGAGCCACUCUCCUCGGUUGCCCCCGCCUCCCCACAAGAAUCUGCAAUGGGCGACUGCGUGGAGGAGCCACUCUCCUCGGUUGCCCCCGCCUCCCCACAAGGACCCAGCAAACGAGAAACCAUGACACCUGAGAUUUGCAAGAUGCUGCAGUCUCAAGACCUCAAGAUUGCAAGGCUGCAGCAAGAGGUUUUGAGGCUGCAGGCAGAGAAUGCCCGCCUCAAUAGAGAAGUGAACGACCUGCUGUCCAGGCAGCUCACACUAAACAUGAUCUGUAAAAGCAAGAUAGACUGUGCGUUUUAUACGGGCAUGUCAGAUUUUGAGAUUUUUGAGGGGAUUUACGACUACUUAGCGUAUUAUGCUUCCAGGAUGGAGUAUUGGGGCAUUAACAGGAGGUCACCGGGCGAGAAAAAGGGUCGGUCGCGAGAGUUCGAGCCGAAAGAGGAAUUUUUUAUGGUGCUGGCUCGGCUUCGAACCGGAAUGUCGGGAAAGGAAAUUGCUCGGAAUUUCGGCAUUUCCGAGGGCCAUUUCAGUAGGGUGUUUGCAACUUGGAUCAAUAUUUUGCACCGCCAGUUGAAGGCCUUGACGCGUUUCCCAACGUGUGAAGAUCUGCAAGGCCACUUGCCUGCCGCUUUUUUGAAGUUCCCUGACACGCGCGUGAUCUUGGACGGCACUGAAGUGCGCAUUGAGAGGGCGUCAUCACUAGCGGCCCAGCGGCAGACCUUUUCAUCUUAUAAACACUACAGUACGUUCAAGGCAGUUGUUGGCUGUGCUCCCGACGGUUACAUCUCUUUUGUUUCAGAUCUGUGGGGAGGGUCUUCGUCUGACCGCGUGAUCGUUGAGAAAAGUGGGCUCUUAGAACAGCUUCAACCAGGUGAUGCCAUCAUGGUUGACAAAGGUUUUAAACUCAAUGACCUGCCACCGGGUGUGCGAGUGCACAUUCCUUGCUUCCGGAAACCUGGAGAGCCGCAAAUAGGUGAGAAUGAGCUCUCGCACACCCGACAUGUAGCAAGUGCUCGUGUCAUUGUUGAGCGUGCGAUUGGCAGAAUUAAACAGUUUCACAUUCUCGACAGACCGUUCCCCAUCACAAUGAUGGACCUAGCUGAGCAAACCUUUCAAGUUUGCUGCUACCUGAGCAACCUUCGUGGUCCUCUAAUUAAGAACUAAAAACCAGCCGCUAAGAAAAAAAAAAGCCGCUAGUGAUGACGCCCUCUCAAUGCGCACUUCAGUGCCUUCCAAGUUCACUCCUUGACGAGAUAGUAGCCUUCGUUGUCCGUCCCCCCUUUCUAUGUAUCUUCCUCAUGUCUAAUUACCGUUACCAACACGCUCGUUUUGUACUUAAAAACCACUGUUCUGCUGUUUCAAUAGACCUUUCUCUCAACUACCCAAACAUCAACUCUGCCUCCUUGCACAGGAAAUGCUGUCUCCAUUUUAAUCUCAAUGAGCAUCGUACCAGCGUACGGUCGUGUAUCACUACUGCGUGAUGCAUGUUAAAGACCCCAGGCUA